AUGGAACCAUCAUUAUCACAAGGUGUAGGCUACGGCCUUAUUGUCGGAGGCGGUGCCUUCUUCGCUAUUGUUAUGAACUAUGUUACCUUCUUGCAAAACAAAUUUAGCUCCUUUAAUUCCAAAAAAGUGGAUGAGUUUGUAUCUGGAAGUAGAUCAGUCGGAUUUGGAUUGCUACUCAGUGGUAUUCUUUCCAACUGGACUUGGAGUUUAACCUUGUUGGAGUCAGCAGUCAAGAGUUAUGAUAUUGGAAUAAGUGGUAGUUAUUGGUACGCUAUUGGUGGAUUAAUGCAAGUCAGUGUCUUUUCAGUCGUCUCAUCAAAGAUCAAAAAGAAUGCAAAUUUGGUAACCACGUUUCCUGAAAUGGAAUAUUUUCGGUUUGGAAAAGCAGGGCAUUUGAGUUUCCUCUGGUGUGGUUUUGUCUGUAACGCUAUUGUUAGUUCAUGUAUCUUGUUGGGUGGUUCUGCCGUUUUUAAUGCAGUUACUGGAAUAAGUCAAUAUGCAGCAUUGUUUUUAAUACCUUUCGGAUGUGCCAUCUAUGUUAGUUUUGGUGGUUUAAGAGCAACGUUUAUAUCAGAUGCCACUCAUACAUGUAUAAUAUUGGUAUUCAUCAUUGUGUUUAUGUUUGAGGUUUACUUUGGCAGUGACAAAAUAGGAUCUCCAAAAAAGAUGUGGGAGUUGCUUGAAUCAUUGCCACCUGUUGAUGAUAAUUACCACGGUUCAUACUUGACAUUUAGGUCUAAACAAGGUGCAAUUUUUUCGAUCAUUAGUAUUGUUACUGGUUUUGGUCUUGUUGUCAACGAUCAAGCUUAUUUGUCCAGAGCAGUAGCUACAGAUCCAAAGAUUACAUCAAGGGCUUACUUUUUUGCUUCAGUUUGUUGGUUUGUAAUUCCGUUUGCAAUGGGUGCUGGUUUAGGACUCGCUGGUAGAGCUUUAUCUGUGUACUCCGAUUUCCCAACCCUUUCGGAAUUUGAAGUCGGUGAAGGGUUAGCUCCAGUAGCAGCAGCAACUUACUUAAUGGGCAAAUCAGGCUCGGCAAUGAUUUUAGUGAUGAUCUUUUUCUCAGUGACUUCCUCGUUCGCUGGUGAGCUUAUUGGUACAUCCACUUUAGUUAGUUAUGAUAUAUACAAGAGGUACAUCAAGCCUGAUGCUACACCAAGACAGGUUGUGAGAGCUGCAAAAAUCAGUGUUUUUGGAUGGGCUAUAUUUUCAUCAUGUUUAGCGUCAAUUUUCUUCGGCGCUGCAAAGAUAAGUAUGGGAUGGUUGUUUAACUUUCUCGGGUGUGCCACGGGUGCUGGUGUGUUUCCAAUUGCACUCAGUUUUACUUGGAAAGAUCUCAACAAGAUUGGCGCUGUUGGAGGUGCAGUGGGUGGCAUGUUUUUAGGCAUUAUCGCUUGGUUGGUAACAUGCAAGGCCUAUACCGGAGAAGUCAAUGUUACCAAUUUAUCAACUCAAUGGGUAUCUUUCACGGGUAAUGUUACUGCAUUGUUCAUGGGAGGAAUAAUUUCUAUUGUGUUGUCAUUGAUCUGGCCGGCAAAUUUUGACUUUGAAGAGACUAGAAACAGAACUAGUUUAGUCAAGAAGAAGCAAAUACAAGAUAUUGAGAAAGCUACUGAUUUGAAGCAGUCACUGGUAGAAAUUAGUCAGUCGUCAACAGAUACCUCCAAUGAUGAAGAAUCCACGCAUGAGUUGGAUAUGAACUUGGAAGCAGUGAUUGAUCAUAAACAUUUGGACCAACAAUUCAAAAAAUAUGGUAUAUUGGUUGCUAUACUUGCGUUAGUAAUGGCAAUUAUCAUUCCUGUUCCACUAGGUGCUUCUCCUUAUAUUUUCAGUCCCAAUUUCUUGUUGGGUGUGGUGAUAAUCAUAAUAAUCUGGUUGUUUUGUUCAUUCUUUUACGUUGUCGUGUUGCCUGUGGUAGAAGCCAGAAACAGUAUAUGGCAGAUUUUGAAGGUAUUGAUUGUGAGGCGUAAAGACGGGGAAUAG